CUUACCGUGGCACAGCGGGCAGUGUGGCUCAUAAGCCACGAACCGGGAACUCCACUUUGUGGCACCGUGAGAUUCUCCAGACGGUAUCCAACUGUUGAAAAACGAGCCAGAGUCUUCAGUGGAGCAAGUUAUGUGCCUGUUCCCGAAGAUGGUCCCUUUCUUAAAGUACUGCUCUUUGAACUUAGAUUAUUGGAUGAUGAUAAAGACUUUGUUGAGAGUCGUGAUAGCUGUUCACGCAUCAAUAAAACAUCCAUUUAUGGACUCCUGAUAGGAGGUGAAGAACUCUGGCCAGUUGUUGCUUUUCUGAAGAAUGACAUGAUAUAUGCCUGUGUUCCACUAGUUGAACAAACUCUGUCACCUCGACCGCCAUUAAUUAGUGUUAGUGGAGUUUCACAAGGCUUUGGAUUUCUUUUUGGGAUUUUCUUUAUUCAGGUCAAAAAAAUGACUGAGCUAAAUACAAAAUUGAGCCAGUUGCCUGACUUGCUUCUGCAAGCUUGUCCAUUUGGUACUUUAUUAGAUGCCAACUUACAGAAUUCAUUAGAUAAUACCAACUUUGCAUCUGUGACUCAGCCACAAAAACAGCCAGCUUGGAAAACUGGAACGUACAAAGGAAAACCACAAGUUUCUGUUUCUAUCACUGAAAAGGUAAAAUCCAUGCAAUAUGAUAAACAGGGGGUCGCGGAUACAUGGCAAGUUGUUGGAACAGUGACUUGCAAGUGUGAUUUGGAAGGAAUCAUGCCAAAUGUUACCAUCAGCUUGAGUCUCCCCACCAAUGGAUCUCCACUUCAGGAUAUUCUAGUUCAUCCUUGUGUAACUUCUCUUGACUCUGCAAUUCUGACUUCUAGUAGUAUUGAUGCAAUGGAUGACUCUGCAUUUAGUGGGCCUUACAAAUUUCCAUUCACUCCACCUUUAGAGUCAUUCAACUUAUGCUACUAUACUUCCCAGGUCCCUGUCCCACCAAUUUUGGGUUUUUAUCAAAUGAAGGAGGAAGAAGUACAACUAAGAAUAACCAUUAAUUUAAAACUUCAUGAAAGUGUGAAAAAUAAUUUUGAAUUCUGUGAAGCCCAUAUACCUUUUUACAAUAGAGGUCCAAUUACACAUUUGGAAUACAAAACUAGUUUUGGCCAGCUCGAAGUAUUUCGAGAGAAAAGCUUAUUGAUCUGGAUUAUUGGCCAAAAGUUCCCAAAAUCAAUGGAAAUUAGUCUUUCCGGAACUGUAACUUUUGGAGCCAAGAGCCAUGAGAAGCAGCCAUUUGACCCAAUUUGUAUUGGACAAACAGCAUAUUUAAAGCUUCAUUUUAGGAUCUUAGAUUACACACUUACUGGAUGUUAUGCAGAUCAGCAUUCAGUUCAAGUUUUUGCAUCAGGAAAACCAAAAAUAAGUGUACACCGGAAACUAAUUUCUUCUGAUUAUUACAUCUGGAAUUCUAAAGCCCCUGCUCCAGUAACAUAUGGAUCAUUAUUAUUGUAAUAGUCUCAUGUUUAAAUGGGAUUAUAUAAUGAUAACAGUUCAAAGAAAAUCAUAAUCUUAUAUUUUUAAUGUGGAUGCAUAUAACCUGUGAGUGAAAAAUCACUGAAUGAUUUAAUUGUAAAAGUAGUCUCAUGUACUGUUUGUAGUCUGAUAGAGCUUGAAAGGACGUUUUAAAAGCUAAUGUCUCCAAUUUUGUUAACCUUCGAUUUUAUGCCAGUAUAAUUCUGAACAUAGAAAAAUAGUGAUUCACUUGGGCUCAUUUUAGACUAGUCCUGGGUCACCCUGCCACACUUGUUUCCUAGUGUUUCUGUGGCAGACAUUGCUAAUCAAUUACAGCCCUUUUCUGUACUGAGCCUUGGAUAAAGGGUCAGGCUCCUUUUCAGUUCAGAGAUUCAGGCAGCUACUCCCAGUGGGUUGUAGAUAACAUGCAAGAUAAAAACUAUUUUCUCUUCCAAAUCUAAGUACUAAGCUCCUAGUAUAAGGUGUUGUUACAGAAUACCAGAGACCAUGUUAGAAACAACUACAUCUCUUCAAAAAACAGCCAACAGAGACAAAGGAAAAGUGUUUAAAUAGUAGCCUGUUCUUAAUCAGAACUAUCUUAUUGACUAAUAAAGAAUCUGCAUAAU